CUGCAGAGGCUGGGCGGGGCUCCUCGGCACUCGCGGGACGGUACCGCCCUCCGACCGCUCCCCCAGGCUUCUCUUCGGACCGUUAACCUCGAAUGAGGAACGAGCGGAGAGAGAAGGGAGGGGCUGCGGCGGCGCUGGCACAGCCCGCCGGGCCCGGGGCCGGGGGCGGCGAGGUCACGUAACGGCUGCUCUGGCGUCUGCCUGGGGAGGGGGCGCCCUCCCCGGCAGCCGGAGCCCUCCUGCGCGCGGCUCCGAAACAGUUACCGGCUCGUAAACAACAGCUGCGCGCGCACCCGCAUCAGCUGGCGCCGGGAUUCAGCACCUGCGACCUCCUCUUCCCCUCAUCCCCGCUGCCCCCUCCUGUUCAGCCCGGGCCAGCCUACGGGGCCGUCUCCUCUCUUGCUAGGACCCGAAGGAAGAACGGCGAGGGCCUGACCUGCGCCGCGGCCCUGGUCGGGGAGAAGGCGUCCUCCGGCAAAGGGGUGGCCCGUCCUGUCACACGCAGGAGAAACCCAGCGAGUAGACCGUGGGCUCGAUGGACUAGCAACGACCUGCCACAACCCUGAGCUGCAGUCCGAGGGGUCUCGAUCCGCUCGCUAGCCGCCCCCUCCCAGAUCCGAGGAACCGUUCUGCCCGAAGAGCGGGCGGGCCACCCCCGCAGACCUCUUGGAGACGAGAAUCCGCUCUGCCCCUGCAUCCUCUGCUCACCCUUUUCUCCUCAUUCUCCUGUAUCCAGUAGUGUGGGGUAUUUUUCUCGUUAUGCAUGCUCAUCUCUCCCACCAGACCCAAGUGGAUUAUUGGCCUCAAAAACAUCGGGUGACUCUCCACACACCUCCCAGCCAAACCUGUGGGGUAUUCACCUGAUACACAACAGGUGGCCGGGUGUACACCAUUUCGCAAUCUGAUCUGUGCUGUAUUCGCCUGAUAAGGGUGGGCCUGCGCGCACUUUGCUCAACUAGAACCGUGGGACAUUUACCAGAUAAAAAAGACUUAACUACCUCGGCGGAAACCUGGGGGUCGAGGGGAGAAACGCUUCACCAGCUUCUCUUGAGACCAUGGCGCUGGGGCCGCAGUGCUGGACCAGGGGAGAUAGCUAGAUAACUUUUUUUUUCCCCCCUGAAGAAAGGAAGUUACACGAGUUUGGCAUCGUUUUGUCUUUUUUCCUCCUUAAAUAUUUAAUGGUAGUGCACUUUCUGGGAUAGUCUGUUUGAAUUCUGAGAAGGAACUUUUUGUGGUGUAAAUCAAGGUUAUUGAAGGUUUUUUUUAAGUUAUCUUUUCUAUUUUGCAAUCAAAAGUAGCUAGCGUAGGAGGAAGGAUUUUGCGGGGGUUUCCUUUUUUCUUUGUUCUUAUAAAGGAAAAGAAAAAGAAUAAUGCAUCCUCCAGAAACCACCACCAAGAUGGCUUCAGUUCGGUUCAUGGUGACACCAACAAAGAUCGAUGACAUUCCUGGUUUGUCAGAUACCAGCCCGGACCUCAGCUCCCGGUCCAGUUCCCGAGUAAGAUUUAGCUCACGGGAAAGUGUGCCGGAAACAAGCCGGAGUGAGCCCAUGAGUGAGAUGUCCGGAGCCACCACUUCACUGGCAACUGUUGCACUGGAUCCGGCUAGUGACCGGACUUCUAACCCCCAGGAUGUCACGGAGGACCCGAGUCAGAACUCCAUCACAGGGGAACACAGCCAGCUGUUAGAUGAUGGGCAUAAUAAGAAAGCUCGAAAUGCUUAUCUCAAUAAUUCCAAUUAUGAAGAAGGAGAUGAAUAUUUUGAUAAAAACCUGGCACUCUUUGAGGAAGAAAUGGACACAAGACCAAAGGUAUCUUCUCUCCUCAACCGUAUGGCCAAUUAUACUAAUCUGACACAAGGAGCGAAGGAACAUGAAGAGGCAGAGAACAUCACUGAGGGGAAAAAGAAGCCCACCAAGACCCCUCAAAUGGGUACUUUCAUGGGUGUCUACCUCCCCUGUCUACAAAAUAUUUUUGGAGUGAUCUUGUUUCUACGCCUUACAUGGGUUGUGGGCACGGCUGGCGUUCUUCAGGCCUUCGCAAUCGUCCUUAUCUGCUGCUGCUGUACAAUGUUGACUGCUAUCUCCAUGAGUGCCAUUGCCACUAAUGGAGUGGUGCCAGCUGGAGGCUCAUACUUUAUGAUUUCCCGGGCCCUGGGCCCAGAGUUUGGUGGGGCUGUUGGCCUCUGCUUUUAUCUUGGUACCACAUUUGCAGCAGCCAUGUAUAUCCUUGGUGCCAUUGAAAUUUUUCUGGUAUAUAUUGUGCCCCGAGCUGCCAUCUUUCGUAGCGAUGAUGCACUCAAGGAAUCAGCAGCCAUGCUAAAUAACAUGCGUGUCUAUGGCACCGCGUUCUUGGUUCUCAUGGUAUUGGUGGUAUUCAUCGGUGUACGCUAUGUGAACAAGUUUGCCUCACUUUUCCUGGCCUGUGUCAUUGUGUCCAUCUUGGCCAUCUAUGCUGGAGCCAUCAAGUCUUCUUUUGCCCCUCCACACUUCCCGGUCUGCAUGCUGGGUAACCGCACCCUUUCAUCAAGACACAUUGAUACUUGCUCUAAGACCAAGGAAAUUAACAACAUGACAGUACCAUCAAGGUUAUGGGGCUUCUUCUGUAACUCAAGUCAGUUUUUCAAUGCCACCUGUGAUGAAUACUUUGUUCACAAUAAUGUCACUUCAAUCCAGGGCAUUCCUGGAUUGGCUAGUGGUGUCAUUACAGAGAAUCUUUGGAGUAAUUACCUACCAAAGGGAGAGAUCAUUGAAAAGCCCUCAGCCAAAUCUUCUGAUGUCUUGGGCAGCUUAAACCAUGAGUAUGUCCUUGUUGACAUCACCACCUCUUUUACUCUUCUGGUGGGGAUCUUCUUUCCUUCUGUCACAGGUAUCAUGGCUGGAUCAAACAGAUCUGGAGAUCUGAAAGAUGCUCAAAAGUCUAUUCCCAUUGGCACUAUCCUCGCCAUCCUGACCACCUCCUUUGUCUAUUUAAGCAAUGUUGUCCUUUUUGGUGCCUGUAUUGAAGGUGUUGUUCUCAGAGACAAGUUUGGGGAUGCUGUGAAAGGUAAUCUGGUGGUGGGUACCUUAUCUUGGCCAUCCCCAUGGGUGAUUGUUAUUGGCUCCUUCUUCUCCACAUGUGGGGCUGGACUUCAGAGUCUCACAGGUGCACCAAGGCUGCUCCAGGCUAUAGCCAAGGAUAACAUCAUACCCUUUCUGAGGGUUUUUGGUCACAGCAAAGCCAAUGGGGAACCUACCUGGGCUUUACUUCUAACUGCCGCCAUUGCAGAGCUGGGAAUCCUUAUCGCCUCCCUGGAUCUUGUGGCCCCAAUUCUUUCUAUGUUUUUCCUCAUGUGUUACCUCUUUGUGAACUUGGCAUGUGCCUUGCAAACAUUACUUCGAACACCCAACUGGAGACCCCGGUUUCGCUACUACCACUGGGCCCUCUCUUUCAUGGGAAUGAGUAUCUGUCUGGCUCUGAUGUUCAUUUCUUCCUGGUAUUACGCUAUUGUAGCUAUGGUGAUAGCUGGUAUGAUCUACAAGUACAUCGAGUACCAAGGAGCGGAGAAAGAAUGGGGUGAUGGAAUCCGUGGGCUGUCCCUCAGUGCAGCCCGAUUUGCUUUGCUUCGGCUGGAGGAAGGACCUCCACACACUAAAAACUGGAGGCCUCAGUUGCUUGUAUUGCUGAAACUAGAUGAAGACUUACACGUCAAGCAUCCUCGCCUCCUCACCUUUGCUUCACAGCUUAAAGCAGGAAAGGGCCUCACUAUUGUGGGCUCUGUUAUCGUGGGGAACUUCCUGGAGAACUACGGGGAAGCUCUAGCUGCUGAGCAGACCAUAAAACAUCUAAUGGAGGCAGAGAAGGUGAAAGGGUUCUGCCAGCUGGUGGUGGCGGCCAAGCUGAGAGAGGGCAUUUCCCACCUUAUCCAGUCAUGUGGCCUUGGGGGCAUGAAGCACAACACCGUGGUGAUGGGAUGGCCUAAUGGCUGGCGCCAGAGUGAAGACGCUCGAGCUUGGAAGACUUUUAUUGGCACAGUUCGAGUGACAACUGCUGCCCAUCUGGCCCUGCUGGUGGCUAAAAACAUCUCCUUCUUUCCCAGCAACGUGGAGCAGUUUUCUGAGGGCAACAUUGAUGUGUGGUGGAUUGUGCAUGAUGGGGGGAUGCUCAUGCUCUUACCAUUCCUACUUAAACAGCACAAGGUGUGGCGAAAAUGCAGCAUACGGAUCUUCACAGUAGCCCAGUUAGAAGACAAUAGUAUUCAGAUGAAGAAGGACCUGGCCACCUUCCUCUAUCACCUGCGCAUUGAGGCAGAGGUGGAGGUGGUGGAGAUGCAUGACAGUGACAUUUCAGCUUAUACUUAUGAGCGCACCCUGAUGAUGGAGCAGAGAUCCCAGAUGCUCCGGCACAUGCGACUGUCCAAAACCGAGCGGGACAGAGAGGCACAGUUGGUGAAAGACCGGAACUCAAUGCUGCGAUUGACCAGCAUUGGCUCUGAUGAGGAUGAAGAGACAGAAACCUAUCAGGAGAAGGUGCACAUGACUUGGACAAAAGACAAGUACAUGGCAUCCCGGGGACAAAAGGCCAAGUCGAUGGAAGGAUUCCAGGACCUGCUUAACAUGCGUCCGGACCAGUCCAAUGUGAGGAGGAUGCAUACAGCAGUGAAACUCAAUGAGGUUAUAGUUAACAAGUCCCAUGAAGCAAAGCUUGUUUUGUUGAAUAUGCCAGGGCCACCUCGAAACCCUGAGGGUGAUGAAAACUACAUGGAGUUCCUAGAAGUGCUCACCGAGGGACUAGAGCGAGUCCUCCUUGUCCGAGGUGGUGGCAGUGAAGUGAUCACCAUUUAUUCAUAAUCUACUCCUGAGUGACUCUGCUUGGCCUCACCUUUCCUAAAAGGCUUCCAUCCUUCGUGGAAGUGCCAGCUCUUUACUACUACUCCCAUCAAGUAGGCCUGGGUUCUGUACACAUCACACUGAACUCUUGACAGGCUGAGCCUCAAAGUACUUGUGCAAAAAAAGUACAAAUAGUUCUGCUCUUUGCUGUCAUAUGAUCUGCCAUCCUUACAGAAGAAGCAAAUAUUCCCUCAACAUUGGAACACUGGUCAAGUCCUAAAAGCCAUGUUUGUCCCAGUUGAAGUCAAGUUAGAAUUAACAAGCUAAACCAAUAAAAAUGAAUUGGCAAAAGGGAUGCUAGAAAUUCAACUGAAGACCGAAAGCAAGUACAGGUCCAACAUUAAAGGGAAGUCUCAGAAGUCAUGGUCCAGUGAUGACACCAUGGGGGUAACAGCCAGAGGACACAGCUUCAUCAUACUAAAGAAAUCACAGCCAAGUAUAUGGGGACCUAACAUCCUUGUGGAGAUAACCUGUGGCAAACCAAGAUGAAAACCUUUUUUAGCUAAUUUUCUUUAAUGAAUCCACUGUUCUCCAGGACUCUGAUUUUCUGUUAGGGGACUAAUAUACAAAAACUGACACAUGGCUGCAGCCUUUACUUCUUCCUCCAAAAUAAGAUUCUCCCCAAAUACCAGGUUUAAGUACA